GUCAAGACUAUUCCAUUGGAAAUGAGAAUUUUCAAGCAAUAUGGUUAGUUUUUCGAGUUAUACAUGUCUUAGACGCUCAAAAAUAUUAUUUACAGUGUCUUUGAGAGGAAUCAUACAGUGCAAUAAGAUAAGGCUGCCAGUGACUUGUCGCAAAUUGGGAUAUUCUGUCAGAGGUGCACAGAGCUCAUCAACAUCAUGGACUACCGACUGUGAACAGCUAGAAUUAUACCAACAAGUGAAAAAGGCAGUUCAGUCAGAAAACAUCGAUGAGGUCUUGGAGAUUAUGCGAUGCGCGAAAGCUCGCAACGUUGUGCCCCACACCAAGACGAUUGCUUUAGCAAUGCAUUCUUGUUUACUAGUUAACAGACAUCAAGAUUUAGAUAAACUCUAUGCUGUUAUGCAAUCAAAUUAUGUGUCAAUAGGUGAAGGCGUGCGCGCUAUUCUUAUACGCUCCUAUACAGCAAGGCAGAUGUGGGAGCAUGCAAUUGCAGAACUCUCGAUAGAAGAUAACACCCAGCUUCCAAGACACACAAGGUCCUUUAACCCCGUGAUUAUAGGAUUGGCCAAAUAUGGGCAUGUAUCCAAAGCAUUUGAGCUUUUUGAGAGGAAGAAUAAUAUUGAGACCUCUUCCAAAAAAGAUGUUGGUUUGGUAUUGAACGUAGAAUUGCUGAAUGCAUUACUUCGCGCAUGUUUUAUAGCCCCUCUUGGUAAUGUGGAUGGCAAAGAUAGAUCAUUUGGCAAGUAUGACACAUGGAAUUAUAAAGAUACAAAUGAUCAAACUAAUUUAAGUCACAGAUUAAAUUCUUUUGACUAUUCUAAUGAAGAGCAAGUUGAACUUCAUUCCCUUGGUACAAAGGUGUUUGAUUUUCUAAAUAAAUCAGGCAACAAGCUCCCAUCAGAAGUGACUGCCGUAGAAGAAUGGUUUAAAAAUGACCCAGUCCUAUCAUGGAAGUGGAGAACUUGUCAAAUCAACCAGACUGGCUUUUGUAACAAAUGUCAAGCUAAUUUAAGGAUCAAGCUCGCUGAAAACUAUUUCCAAGAUUUGGAAAAUGAGAUGUUACAUGUGCUUGAGGAUCCAAUUAGCAUUAAGGAAAGACUAAAUCUGAGUAAGAAAAGCCACAUUGAGUUUGUAUCAUUCAAGGAAGUAUUGAGAUCAACUAAACAUCAUUUUGAUGUCAUCAUAGAUGGACAGAAUGUUGCUUUUGAGCGAGCUAGAAAGGCAUGGGGCACUCACAGAUUCAACUACAGAAGGAUCAAGAAUAUGGUAGCUUAUUUUGCAGCAAAAAACAAAACUAUCCUCUUGGUUUUACACAAGCAUUCCUUAGAGAAAGACCUGUCAUUGGAUUUUCUUAACUCAUUGAAAGGAUUGUGUGAGGUUUAUGUAACACAGACAAACAUGAAUGAUGAUCUCUUGCUUCUUUAUGCAUGUGCAAUCAAUGGCAUGGAAAAUGACAGAACAAGCAUUGUCACUGGUGACAAAUGGAGGGAUCACCGGCAUUUGCUUCCCCAAGAGCUGCAUUGGAAAUUCCUUAAAUGGGUUCGGCUGAAUCAGAUAACCUUCAAAGAAAGCAAGAAUGGAAGGCUACAUUUUUACAGAAACUUUUUUGAUCCAGUUGUUCAAAAGUCAUUUAAAAGAUGGCAUUUUCCCCGAACAGAUGGCACCUGGAACUGUGCUGAGAUUCAAACCAAGUGUGAUUAGCAACGACAAAUUAGAGUAGAAAUGAAGAAAUAGUCUAUUUUUUAAAUCUCCUUCAAAUGUUUAUUUUAGUAUUUUGAUAUCUUUUUUCACUCCACAGACAUUUUACUAGGGGUGGGCUCAAGGGGUAUGUGACCCCAGUACAUAUAAUUUGGCUUAUUGUUUGCAAGAGUUUAACCAUUUGGGAUGCUAUAUGUAUCUUCAUCUACUUUAAGUAUAUUCUAACUUGAACCGGUACUCUAUGUACUUGGAUGUGUCUGUCAGUUUAAACAACAGACCAAGGGUCCAAACAAGAGACCAAGAUUCUUUUGAUUUUACAUUCAUUGUACUGUAAGAUAGGUCAUAAUAAGAUGGGUAUCAAUGUCAUCAGGGCUGUGCCUUUUUCAGUCAGUGUUGGGGCGUGUGAAAAGUCCCUGAGGUAAAGCAAAUAAUGAACAUUACUUAAUUAACUUUGUUAAUUAUAUUAAAAUGGUCACAACUUAUCUCAGCCAUUUCACAGGAGCCUGUUCCUCCUCUAAUAAACAUCAAUUUCAAUAGAAUUAAAAUUACGAGAAUAGAAAGGCCUGUGCAAACAUUUCAUACAAUAACAUCAGUAUUAUGGCAUUUUUAUAGCAGUGGUACUAUAACAAAAAAUGAAAUAUUUGUUUCUACAGAAAAUAAACAAUUAUUUGUCACCCA